UAAACAUGUCUGCCUCCUCCUCGGCAAUGCUGCUUCAUCUGUGAGGCAUUAAAGUAGUUUCAAGCGUAUUUCUGGAGUGAAAAGUUGGCAUUUGGGCAGCGAGGUGUUGGCAGCUAUGAAGACCUUCUGUGGACGAGCCAACCCGACCACCGGAGCUCUGGAGUGGGUGGAGGAGAGCGAGGAGUACGACUACCACCAGGAGAUAGCCAGGUCCUGCUAUGCUGACAUGCUGCACGAUCACGACAGAAAUGAGAAGUACUACCAGGGUAUCCGGGCAGCUGUGUCCCGGGUCAAGGCUCGCGGCCAAAAGGUAGUGGUCCUGGACAUCGGGACGGGAACAGGUCUGCUGUCCAUGAUGGCCGUCACCGCGGGAGCCGACUUCUGCUACGCUGUGGAGGUGUUCAGACCGAUGGCAGAAGCUGCUCGCUGCAUCGUGAAGAAGAACGGCUUCGCUGACAAGAUCAAGGUCAUCAACAAGCACUCCACGGACGUGACGGUGGGACCAGGGGGAGACAUGCAGACCAAGGCCAACAUCCUCAUCACUGAGCUGUUCGACACCGAACUGAUUGGAGAAGGAGCUCUGCCCAGUUACGAACACGCUCACCAGAACCUGGUCCAGGAGGGCUGCGAGGCCGUCCCUCACCGCGCCACCGUCUAUGCCCAGCUGGUGGAGUCGGAGCUGCUGUGGAGUUGGGCCCAGCUGCAGCCCAUGCAGGUGGACGGGGCGAGGCUGGUACCGGCGCCCGCCGUGGACCGCUGCAGCGGCGCUCACGCCGUGUGUGACGUCCAGCUGAGUCAAGUCCCGCCACAGAGCUUCACCCCGCUGAGUCCUCUCUGCACCAUGUUCAGUGUGGACUUCAGCAAGCCCGUCAGCAGUGCUCCUCAGACCCAUUCCUCCCAGUUCGUGGUCCAGUCCGGGGGUCAGGCUCAAGUCGUCUUGUCCUGGUGGGACCUGGACAUGGACCCGGAGGGGACCAUCGUGUGCAGCAUGGCCCCGUCCUGGACCUACCCGAAGCCCAGCAUGGCUCCGUGGAGGGAUCACUGGAUGCAGAGCGUCUACUUCCUGCCCGAGGCCACCCGGGUCUCAGAGGGAGACUGUCUGAGUCUCACCGUCUGCCACGACGACUACAGUCUGUGGUUCGGCCUCCGCUCCGACAGCUCGCCGGGCCACGCCCCUCUGUGUCGCCCCGGCUGCACCUGCCAGGCUCACCUGGUCUGGACUCGGCCGCGCUUCGGAGAACUCAACGACAAGCGGCGAACAGAGAGCUACGUCAGCGCCCUGAGGAGUGUCGUGGGGGAGGACAGCGUGUGUGUCAGCGUCAGCGACGGGAGCCUCCUCCCCGUGUUUGCUCGCGUGCUGGGAGCCAAGAAGGUGUUCAGCCUGGAGAGCUCCAGAAUGUCCAAGCAGGUGGUGGAGCAGGUGCUGGAGGCCAACGCCCUGAAGGGCGGAGUGGAGCUGUUGGAGGUCCGACCGGAGAGCCUGACUGCGGGCGACCUGGGAGGGGAGCAGAUCUCCGUCCUGAUGGGGGAGCCCUACUUCAGCACCAGCCUGCUCCCCUGGCACUCGCUCUUCUUCUGGUACUGCCGGACGGCGCUGGGCGGGCUGCUGCGGCCCGACGCCACCGUCCUGCCUCGCUCCGCCUCCCUGCACCUUCUGGCCGUGGAGUUCCAGGACCUGUGGCGGAUCAGGGCUCCGUGUGGAACCUGCGAGGGCUUCGACGUCAGCCCCAUGGACCAGAUGGUCCAGACGUCGCUGGACUUCCGUGAGGCCCGGGAGGCGGAGCCUCAUCCCCUCUGGGAGUAUCCAUGCCGAGCCCUGACCCGGGCCGCCGAGGUCAUGACCUUUGACUUCACUCAGUGUGUACCCCAGCAGCCAAUCAGCUGUCAGGGAUCGCUGCCCUUCACCAGGGGCGGGGUCUGUCACGGCACUGCUCUGUGGUUGGAGUUCCAGCUGACCCCCGACAUCACGGUCAGCGGCGGCCUCACUGGACCCCCCACUGACGAGGGUGGGUGCUCUUGGACCCGACACAGGAAACAGGGCGUCUACUUCUUCAGGUCUGGGUGGGAGGUGUCAGGCGACGGCCGGACCUCCAUGUCCUACAGCUUCACCUUUGACCCCACCUCAGGGGACAUCAGGAUGGACUUCAGUCAGGAGGGUCAGUGA